UGAUGAGCCAGAGAAGGUGGAUUAUUCUCAUUGUGUGUGCAGUCUCCUACUCACAGACCUCUCACUCCUUCCAUCCCACUUUCACCACUCCACAUCUCCUCUUUUCCCUCGUCUGACUAGUCCUCCAUCCAAGUGAUAAGAUCUGGGCACAGCAUCCUACCCUCCAGGCAUCCUUUAACUUCCUUGGGCACUGAGGAUGGAGCUGGGAUUUUCAGAGGUACCCUCAAACUCAUCAGCUUACAAAACCAUCUUUCUUAUGUAACUACAGCCAAAGGGACUGCAAGAGAUCUAAAGGAAAGGAACUUUUUUUUUAUAAAGCAUCUGGACUAGUCAAACCUACAGUGAUCUUCUGCAUUAAGGUGCGAAGAUGAGCAACAUUUAUGAAUCAGCAGCCAAUACCCUUGGCAUUUUCAAUAGCCCAUGUCUCGCAAAGGUGGAACUAAGAGUUUCUUGCAAGGGAAUAUCAGACAGAGAUGCACUAUCCAAGCCGGAUCCCUGUGUCAUCUUGAAAAUGCAGUCACAUGGACAGUGGUUUGAGGUAGACCGAACAGAAAUCAUCAGAACAUGCAUCAACCCUAUUUUCUCAAAGAUUUUCACAGUUGACUUCUAUUUUGAGGAAGUUCAGCGCCUACGUUUUGAAGUGCAUGACAUAAGCAGUAAUCACAAUGGCCUGAAAGAUGCCGACUUCCUGGGUGGUAUGGAGUGCACUUUGGGGCAAAUUGUAUCACAAAGGAAGCUGUCAAAAUCGUUGCUGAAGCAUGGAAACACAGCAGGGAAAUCAUCUAUAACGGUGAUUGCUGAAGAGUUAUCUGGAAAUGAUGACUAUGUUGAACUGUCUUUCAGUGCCCGAAAAUUAGAUGACAAGGACUUUUUCAGCAAAUCGGACCCGUUCUUGGAAGCUUUCAGAAUGAACGAUGAUGGUACACAACAGCUGGUUCACAGAACCGAGGUUGUCAUGAAUAAUUUAAACCCAGCCUGGAAAACCUUUAAAGUCUCAGUAAACUCCCUGUGCAGUGGCGAUCAUGAUCGAAAGCUAAAGUGUAUAGUCUGGGACUGGGAUUCUAAUGGAAAACAUGACUUCAUUGGAGAGUUCACUUCAACGUUUAAAGAAAUGAGAGGAGCCAUGGAAGGAAGGCAGGUGCAAUGGGAAUGCAUAAAUCCAAAAUACAGAAUGAAAAAGAAAAACUACAAAAAUUCUGGCAUUGUAAUCCUUAAUCAGUGUAAGAUUCACAAAAUGCAUUCAUUUUUAGACUAUAUCAUGGGUGGAUGUCAAAUCCAGUUUACAGUAGCAAUUGACUUCACAGCAUCUAAUGGAGACCCACGGAACAGCUGCUCUCUGCACUACAUCCAUCCUUACCAGCCCAAUGAGUAUCUAAAAGCACUUGUGGCUGUUGGGGAAAUUUGCCAAGAUUAUGACAGUGACAAAAUGUUUCCUGCUUUUGGUUUUGGUGCCAGAAUACCUCCAGAUUACAAGGUUUCACAUGACUUUGCAAUAAAUUUUAAUGAAGACAACCCAGAAUGUGCAGGUAUACAAGGUGUAGUGGAAGCCUAUCAGAAUUGCCUCCCUAAGUUACAGCUCUAUGGACCAACCAACAUUGCUCCCAUUAUCCAGAAAGUGGCCAUGUCUGCCUCAGAGGAGACCCACAAAAUGGAGUCCACGCAAUACUUUAUUCUUCUCAUCUUAACGGAUGGUGUAAUCACAGACAUGGCUGACACCAGAGAAGCUAUAGUUCAUGCCUCACAUCUUCCCAUGUCAGUCAUUAUUGUCGGGGUUGGCAAUGCAGAUUUCAGUGAUAUGCAGAUGCUGGAUGGAGAUGACGGAAUACUGAGGUCACCUAAGGGAGAGCCGGUGCUUCGGGACAUUGUUCAGUUUGUGCCAUUCAGGAAUUUCAAACACGCCUCACCAGCUGCCCUUGCAAAAAGUGUUCUGGCUGAAGUUCCAAACCAGGUUGUGGACUAUUACAAUGGCAAAGGGAUCAAACCAAAAUGUGUGUCAGACUAUGAGUCUUCCAGGACACUAGGACCUUGAACUUCUUCGCACACUUUUAAAAAAAAAAAUCUCAAAACAAUAAUAAUUAUAAUAAUUCUAUAUAGCACGUUUUAGUGAUUUUUAACCUAACAUUAUAUUUUCUUCUUGCAUGUAUAGCUGAAAGCUUGAAUCAGCAUAUCAGUUGUAUUGUAAAAGACUUUUUAUGGGAAAAAAAAAUUACAGCAUGUCAUCUUGGAGAAAAGGGUUAUCUGUUAAUGUUUUUUUAUACAUAUUUGUUCAAAUUUUGCUAAAUUUCUAAUCACAUUUACACUUUAAAAUCUUUUAAAAUAUGUUAUGAGAGGUAAUGGUAAAUGUCGUUUUUUCUGCUGGGAAACAAAAUAGAAAAAUGUUUCUUUUUCUGUUUCGAUGGCAGGUGCAUGCACUUGGUGUGUGGCAUGUCAGAAAUUAUAUUGAUUUUUUUUUUAAUACGUAGUAAAUUGCCUUUGCUAGUGACCGACUUUCAAUUUUGUAUCCAACUUAAAAUGAAAGAAAAAUAUGGUUUUUCAAUUAAGCUUUCUAACAGCAAGUCCAGAAAUCUACUAUAAUGGCAGUGAAUAUUUGUAUUAGUACACUAGGUAUUUUUUAUCUACGUUGAUAUGUUAGAGAAAAACACAGAACCUGGGAGUGCUUUGUAUAUUAAAAAUGAACUCAAUUUACUAGGUUAACAUUUUAUAUAUAUGUAUUCCACAAAAAAAUGUAUUACCUCAUAUUCCAAUAGACACGUUGCACUGUGUUAAUAUAAAUGCCCAGUUAAAUACCCUCGUACUUUUUAGAGGUAUUCAUCCCUUUGUUAUAAAUCAAAUUAGCAAUAUAAUUAGUCAUAUUAGAGAAAAGGGGAGAAUUUCUUGAGGCUGCAUGUUAGGAUCAGGGAAUUUCAAGCCAACUGCUAUUCCACUUUGAACAAGUACAAUUGAGACCAAUUGUUUCAACCAACAAGAUGAGAGCGGUCAAGAUGCCCAACAUUGCUUUUAUGUGAAAAGCAUACUUCUUAACUUAUUAAUGUCUUUAAUUAAAUACAAUUUAAGUAAAA